AUGGGGCAGGGUUUCAACGGGAUAACACCAUCCCUAUGUUUGGAACUAUCUUUUAUUUCUUCGCGAGCUACGAAUAAAAUCACACCGAUCACCGAUCACUUGGUAGUAUGUCGUUCUGGAACUGCAGCGGACACUCAAGCUAUUGCUGAUAUAGUCAAGUAUCAUCUUGAAGUUUACACAAUGCUGGAGCAAGAACCUGUCACUAUUUACCGAGCUACACAGAUCUUCCGUAAAUUCCUUUAUAACUAUCGUGAUCAACUAUCCGCGUCAGUUCUCGUGGCUGGAUGGGACGAGAAAUGUGGAGGACAAAAUCACGAAAUUUCAGCUCUAUGCUCUUCCCAUCGGUGGUUUUGUGACUCGGCAAAAGUCUACUGCUUCUGGUUCGGGAUCUACGGAAUAGAUACCAUAUAUCACGGAUUUCUCGAUAACGCAUGGAAACCGAAUCUGACAAGAGAUGAGUGCAGAGCAAUUGUAAAGCAAGCUGUUGGACUGGCAACCUUCCGUGAUGGUUCUUCCGGUGGUGUUGUCCGCGUGGCGGUGAUUGACAAGACGGGUACAAAAAUAGAGGUGUUAAGUCCUCCUGGUGCUCACCUUUCGUUCCCUCCUCACCUCGAACAAGCAGAAGUGUGA